AGUCAAAUCAAGGACACCUGAUAUUCCUUGUUUGGCAGUGUAUUGCCCAGUUAGUGAGAAUUGAAGGUGGGAGGAUAAUAACUCCCUUCCUCGUAAGCUUGACCCAUUCAAAAUAAGCGAAUGAAAAGGUCGGACCACACAGACAAACAGACGGUGAAGUAUGUCGGCUUUGGAUGUUUUCUACUGUGGAGCGUUGAUGCUCUGUGGGGCCCUGAAGGUCUCACAGCAGCAGCAGAUCCCGGCCCACGACCCCACAGCGACAGAGACGUCAUCAGCCUCCUCCGUCUCUCAUUAUGUCCCUGACAAACCCUGUUUUGUGGAGGACAUAUUUGCAGCGCUGCGAGAAGGUGUUGGGACUGACGAUGAUCUUACAAACUUCACUUUGACUCAGUUUGGACUCUGCACCGCCUCUAAUAGCUCAUCAGUCUUACUGCAGCUCGCUCAGGAAACAAGCAGAAACCAGAGAAAUGGAUUGGACGUUUUGCAUCCAUUUGGAGUGCUCCUGGCAGAGGAAGAUCAGAGAGGAGUGCUCAUAUUGACCUUUGACCUCCCGCAGUCCCCUUUGCUCAAGCAGAACCCUGUGCUGCUGUUGGUGUUUGAAAGUCGCGUCACAGGAGGAAACCUGGACGUCACUUUCACGAGUCAGUCACUGGAUCCUGACACACAGUCUGUGUGUAUUUCAGAGGAAACACAGUACGUCACGCUGACAGGAAAAGCAUCAGACAGCGACGUUCCACAGAAAUGGAGGAUUUCUGUUGAGACAAAAACCCCUGAUAUGACCCAAAGACUAAAAGACGUCCUUAUUGGUGGAAAAUCAGGACGUGACAUCAGCAUGACUCCACUUCUGCUUUUCUCUGGUGGAAGAGGAACUGAUAUCAGAUAUUCACACACUCCAGGUUCCUCCCUAGCGUCUCCACAGACCUCCUUCCUCUGUGAGCUGCAGCGGUUCCUGGGUGGCGUCCUGUCUCAAGACCACCCUGAAUCCCCUCCGCUCCAGCUGGAGUCCUUACAGUCCCUGCCCCCUCUGACACUAGGCCUCUCCUCCAGCGACACCCUGCUGGCAGGACUGAUGAACUCCUCCUCCCCCACCAUCUUCUCCUUCACCAGGUGGGGCUCCAUACACCAGGUGCAUCAUGCAGCGCUGGCCUUGUCUCCUGCGCUGCUGGAGGAGCUCAAGCAGAGGCUGGAGACAACUGUGGUGCAGAUAAUGGAGGUCAUACGAGAGGAGGAGGUGGGUCACAGAGCCACGGAGAGGCUGGGAAGACUCAAACAACUCAGCGUUUCCGAAGAAGGAGCCAGCAGCAGAACAGGAGAGAGCCAGUACCGAGCGUUUCUCCUGCUGAAGGCGCUGCAGACAGUGGCGCGGGCCUAUGAGGUGCAGAGAGGCCUGCGGGCGACCAGAGCCGACCCCAACAGCCCAGUGAGGGCCAACAUAUGUGGGCUGAGGAGUCUCACCGUGUCCCUUGAGAAGCGACUAAUGAGUCCAAACACUGCCAACAUCAACAACUGCCAUGGCUCUUGUGCUUUCCCCCUGGUCAACGCCAACAACCACGCCGUCCUGCUCAACUCCCACAUAGAGAGCGAGAACGGCGAGGAGCGGGCGCCGUGCUGCGUGCCCGUGGCCUACGACGCCCUCGAGGUGGUGGACGUCAACGAGCACGGGACUUACCUCUCCAUCAAACCAGACGUGGUGGCCAAAGAGUGCGGAUGCCGCUAAAGCUUCUUCUUGGAGUUUAGUUGUGACAUAAAAGACAUUUUACAUAUUUAACCCUUUAUCAGGCAAAGAACUAUAUUUGGUAACUUGAGGU